AUGAAGCGGCUGACGCGGAAGGGCUCGGCGCUCAACCCGGCGGUGGCCGCGCCGGUCGUCCGCAUCCACGAGAUCGACUCGAUCUCCGAGUACGAGUCCGAGUUCCACCACGCCUUCAUGAAGAGCCGCCUCGAGACGGACGAGUUCCUGUAUGCGGACAAGCGCAACCUGCUGCGAGAGCUCGACGAGUUCUGCGACGUCGAUGGCAUGCAUCUGCCCAAGGGCCCGCUCAUCGUCUUUGGCGCGCCCGGCAGCGGCAAGUCGGCCUACCUGGCCAACUGGGUCCACCGCCGCAAGAAGAAGUUCCAGAACUGGAACAACGGACUGCCCGAGUUCAUCUUUUACCACGCGGUCGCCUGCACGCGCCAAGGCGCGUUCGUCUCCAAGCUCCUCGAGCGCAUUCUGACCGAGCUCAAGGAGUAUUUCGAGCUGCCCAAGGAGGUCCCGACGCUCGAGGAGCGCCUGAGCUGGCAGUUCCCGCGCUACCUCGACGCAGCAUCCCGCAAAGGCCGCAUCAUCCUUAUCGUCGACGGCGUCCACCGCCUCCGGACGAGCGACGGCGACUCGAUUCUCAAGUGGCUUCCGCUCUCGUUCCCGUCCAACGUGCGGCUCGUGCUCGCAGCUACGAGCGUGCCAAGUGGCAGCACGCCCGAAGUCAACGGCCCCGACCUCCCCACCAUGGAGCGCAUCAAAAUUGAAGCUGUGCGCCGCAAUUGGCAUACGGUGCACUUGAGUCCGCUCAGCGACGACGAGAAGCGUCUGAUCGUCGCCAAGUUUCUCCAGCGGCAGAACCAGUACUCGCCGACGCCGGGCCUCCAGCUCUUUGAGCUCCAAGUCAAGGCCAUUGUGAGCAUUGAGCGAACGACCAACCCAAAGUUCCUUCGCGUGCUCCUCGUCGCGUUGGCGUGGGCGGCCAAGCAAGGCUUCAACAUUCACGUCGUCUUCAAGGAGUGGGUCUCGGCCAUGAGCAACGGCAACCUGUACGAGAGCAUUUUGCGCUCCAUGGAGGUCGGGUAUACGCCCAGCCACCACGACACGGCGGACGCGAUGCAGUUCCUCGGCGAGCACGCGCUCGACACGACCUUCUUUCCUGCGCCGCCCACGUCGCCGACCAAGUACAGCGCCGCCCACGCAACGAGUGAGCACCACCAAGUGCCAGGCCCAGGCAACAACGUCGAGUACGACUCGGACGACGAUGAGAUGGGCACGCCCCGUCACUACGAUGAGGACGCGCAGGACGUCAGUCUUAUUUUCAAAGAGCUCUCGGACGACGCCAAGGACGACACUGCGGACAUGGACGACGACGACAAGACGCUGGACGCCCCCCGCGAGAUUCUCACGUCGGUUCUCAGCACCGUGUCGUGCCAGCCGUCGACAGACGGAGACGAGCUGCGGGACGUGGCGCCCAAACCCGAUACACCCGUCCACCCCAAGACGCCUCUCGCGAGCCAGCGCUCGAUGCGGGCGGCGCCCCGCCUCGCCCCCGUGUACCCCGUCUACGUCACGGGCGGGCGCGACGUGCUUGGUCUCCGCGGUCUCCUCGGAAAGGCGCUCUGCGUCUUGUACGUAGCGCGCCACGGGCUCCUCGUGAACGAGCUCAAGAGCCUCGUCAACGCCAUGGCGAUCGCGGAGAAGGAGCACAUCCACGGACUGCCAGACGAGAAUGACGACACCCGCGACCUCGACAGUCUGUUGAAAGAGAGUAUCCCCAAACUACUCCCACCGAAGCUCGCGUUCCAAGAAAGCACGUGGAGCACGCUCCUCUCCGCGCUCCGGACGCUCGGGUUCCUCUUCCUCCAGGACAUUGUGCUUUUCCCCAUGUGCUACGACUCGCUGCGGGACCUCGUCUACUGGCGCUACAUCGGGUCGCCCAAAGCCGAGAUGGCGUACCACAACUGGCUCGUGCGCUUCUUCAUUUGCCACCCGCCGACCUUUCGCCGCGUCGAGGAGCUGCCGUGGCAUCUGACGUUCUGCAAGCGCUGGUUCGCGCUCAAGGAAGUGCUCGUCAACUUGCCAAUGUUCCAGCUCCUCUUCACCGCCAACUACAAGACCGAGCUCUUUUCGUAUUGGAAAACACUGAGCGAAGGGUCGGCCGUCGGCGGCUCAGUGGCGCCUUCGUCGAGUGAUACUGUGGACAAUGGCGACGACCAGCGCAAGCACCACCCCGUGACGUUUGACGUCGUGCGCGAAUACAACAAGUCGCUCGACGACUGGUACCACUGCGCGCGGCCGACGACCAAGCAGCUGCUGCCCAUGGAGCUCCCGACGUUCAACCACCCCAUCUUUGAUCUGAAAGAACUCACGGCCAACGGCUUCCACUUUGUGCCGCAGUUGCCGCAUGUUCUCGUGCAGCAGUCGCUCGAACCAAACCCGUUUUACCUCUACCACCGCUGGAUCUGGAUCCAGUUUCCGUGGCUCGCGCUCGGGUACGAGAUUGACGAAGCAGACAACAAGAGCUCGCCCGGCGCGAUCACUGCGUCCAUAUCCAUUGACCCGAGCCACUUGGCUGACGAAUCGAUCGAACUCUCGCCGGCCUUGGGCGCCGCGUCGCCCGCGUCAUUGGUGCCAGCGUCGGCUUUAGCGCCCUCUGCGUCGGCGGCGGCGCUUGCACCAACCAACCCCGUGAAGCGCACGUCGUCGAUGCCCAACAUCAACAAGCACCCCCGACGGCCAACGGCCGUGAGCAUCAGCCCGUUCAAGCUCAAGGCGAUAGCGAACGCCAGCUUGCCAACGAUCCCAGUGUCGAACGCGCCAGCGACGUUGGAUAUCAUCGGUCCCAACUCGCCGACGCACCUUCUGAUGAAGCGCAAGACGUCGUUCAUGGGCUUCAAGAACGCACCGACAGCGUCCUUUACCGUCCAGCUCGAAAACACCAUUUUAGAAGAGUCGGGCUUGGGUUCGAGCCUCGGUCGAUCGCUCUCGCAGCGGUCGCCGGCCGCGACCAACGCUGUGCGGGACGUCGACUUUUUCGCCGACCAAAUGGUGGGCGAAGGGUUUGGGUUGCAGGCCCACGUCCAAGACUACCCCAAGACCGAGUACGACGUCAAGAAAUCGUGCAACCAGCAAGUGCUGCUCAAGCUGCAGCAGUGCCACAACUACCUCAAGCGCGAGGCGACCGCGAAAAACACGCGCUUGGAGAAGCUCCGGCAGACGAUUCGAGAUCGCAAGCACAAGCACAGCGCGUCGCUCCAGUACAUCCACGAAGCCGAAGACGCGCUGCGCGAGAUGACGCGGCGCAUGGACCAAGUCGACGCCACCAUGAAGGUGGUGGCCAAGCAAGAAAAGACCUAUGUCAAAUUGCUCAAGUCGUGCGAAGUGUACCCGGCGUCCGACCCGCACCACCUCUCCAAGUCCAAGAAGGAAGCCAAGCUCCUGCAAAUGACUCUGCGCGAUCUCAACAAGGAGCUCGAGGCGCUCAGGUUCCAGCAGCACCACGUGAGCACGAACGAGCUGCCGCGACUCAAAAUCGAGUGCGCCAAGAACCGGCGGCUCCACGAAGCCGUGCUCGACCGCCUCGAGAAGACGCGCGACCGCAUGGAGCUCGAUCAGGCCAAGAUCGACGACCUCUACCAGACGCGGCUGGGCAUCAUCGAGAAGGUCAAGGCGCACGCGCUCCAGAUCAAAUCGGCCGAGACGAUCGAGCUCGAGAAGAAGCUGCACGUGCAAGUGACGGCGGAAACCACAGCGUACAACAAGGCGUCGAUCGCCAAGGUCGCGCUCAACCAGUGCCAGUCCAUGUGCCGCCGAAUCAUUGCGGCCACCGGCCUCUCGGACAUGAGUGCGAUCCACGACAAGUUCAACAACCGCGAAGCGCUCAACAAGAGCCUCGACGAACAGGCCCAGCUCUACGAAGCGCGCUUGAAACAGAUCAAGAUGAGUCAGAGCGAGCUCGAGGCGCAGGUCAAGGGCCUCGAGCAUAUUCACAAAGAGUGUGCGGACCCGCGCGUGCUCGAAGACGACGCGCGCGAGGCCGAGUCGUCGCUCCUGCGCGUGCAGCGCACGUACUCGAGCCAGCUGCACGCGCUCAACGAGAUCGUCUCGGGCCUCGCCAACAUUGCCCGGCUCGCCGGCAUUACGCGCGUGACCGCGCCCAAGCAAGGCCUCGUGCCUGCGCGGGAUCUGUGGCCGCCGUACCAAGACAAGGACACGCGCGCGGUGACGCUGUCGCAGUUCGAGUCAGUGUCCCCGGAAGCGCUGUGCGAGAUCAUUCGCGUAUGCGAAGAGCGCAUGAUGGCGGUCAUCGACAAGAACGAGCACGGCCGCGGCGACCCGGACGUCCUCUACGGGAACAAGGGCAGCGUGGCCGCCGAGUUGAACAGCAAACCGAGCUUGACACCGCGCGGCAGCACGAGCAGCAGCCAGAAGAAGCGCAAGCCGGACCUCCGACUGCUCAAGGCCAUGUCCAAGCGCAGUCCCGACAUGGACGACUUGGGCGGCGACGUGGUCGAAGCCGACGACUGCGAGAGCCCGCGCCCGCUGACGCAGAGCUCGCUCGACGUUUACAGUCCGCGGGCGCACGUGUCGCUGGACCGUGACGACGAGUCCGGUCCUGGUAGCGUCAUCACUCGCGAGACGAUCAAGACCGCCUCCAAGCACAAGCUGGCGGUGAAGCGCAAGGAAACGAUGGGCAAGAGCAUGGCGGCGCUACUGCACCACGAGGACACGAGCAGCUCGCUGCCAUAA